GCGGGUCGGCCGUGGGAUUGGGAUCGGGAGGGGGUUCCCACCCUCGCCCCCUGGGGCAGGGAGCCAGGGACGGAUUAUUCUCUGCGGGGCGACGACAACAGUUUCCUUUCGAAAAGCCGCUCCCUGCUCCGAGGAAUGCCUGCGUGUCAGAAUUUGCCCUGCAGACAGGCAGCAGCUUGCACACAGAAAAUUGCACUGGUGAGGACACACAGUGCAGGACCAUUGUCGAUCACCCGGGAUGUCAGAAUGUGAUUUCCCGGGACCACACUGAACACUGUCCGGUUAAACAUCAGAGAAAGCGGCAGAAUCUGACCAGAACUGUCCUCAAAAUGGAUAACGGAGCGAGCAGUGGAGGAGUUCCAGUGACGUCAACAUCGGGAAAGGACACGGGUCUGAACUCAGUGAACACCGAGCUCCUGGCGAGCUGGGAUGAUUUCCAGCUGCUGCAGCUGACGGACUUCUACCGGGACAGGCUGGAGCAGGCGAUGGAAGGAGGGGUGCAUGGAGUGAGCCUGGCGUUAACGGCCGAGAAUCAGUUCAGCGGAGAGGAACAUCGGAAAAUCUCUGAUCUCGCUGAUAAGGGAGAGCGGGCGGACAGUUCUAAACUCCUCCUGAGCCUGGUGAUGGAGAAAGGCUCCCGCGCCCGGAGGGUGAUGUGGGAAACCUUUGUCAAAAUGCGGAUUGAUGUUCCAAAGUUGGACAAAAUACUGAAAGAAAUACAGGAACAUGGUUGUGUUCUGGUCCAUCGACCCGUACCGGAGAUUCCCAGGGAGCUGAAAGAUGUUCAACAGAAACACAAGGAGACUCUGCGGGCACAAACUGAAACACUGAGAGUGAACACGAUCCUGAUGAGGGAGAAGGUGAAGGUUUUCCAGCUGGUUGAUCGAAACGCUGAGCUCACAGUCAUUUCUACUGUUCGAGAUCGGAGACUGGUGGAACAUGAGCUGCUGGCAAGAGGUAGAGACCACGAGGAGUGGAGAGAGAAACAUCUCCGCAGAAAGCUGGAAAAAAUCCGGACUGAUCAGUUGUUCCAGAGCAGUUUUUCCCAGAGUAAAUCCAAAUCUGGGAGUUCAGCAGCAAUGGCUGGAGUCCCGGGGAUUGGGAAAACAACAAUGUUACAAAAGAUUGUUUAUGACUGGGCCACGGGGAAAAUAUACCAACAAUUCCAGUUUGUCUUCAGUUUCAAAUUCCGGGAUUUAAACAACAUUAACUGCAGAAUAAACCUGAAGGAACUGAUUCUGGAUCAAUAUCCUUACUUUGGGAAUAUCCUGAGAGAAGUCUGGAAGAACCCAGAGGGUUUGCUGUUUAUAUUCGAUGGUUUGGAUGAAUUCAAUGACAAAAUUGUUUUUACUGACAGUCGGGGAGACACAGAACCACGGUCCACGUGCACAGAUCCUGAGUUCAAGUGCAAGGUGUCUGACAUUGUGUAUAGUUUAAUCCAGCACAAGCUGCUCCCAGGGUGUUCAGUACUGGUGACCACCCGUCCCACUGCGUUACAUUUACUGGAAAAGGGUGAGAUCAGUGUCUGGGCUGAAAUCUUGGGAUUUGUUAGUGAGGAACGGAAAGAAUAUUUCAUCAGGCAUUUUGAUGAUCAGACGGUGGCGGCAGCUGUUUUCAAACACGUGAAGGAGAACGAGAUCCUGUACACCAUGAGCUACAACCCCUCCUACUGCUGGAUCCUCGCUCUGGCACUGGGCCCCUUCUUCACACAAAGAGUCAGGGACCCACACCGAGUUCCCAAGACCAUCACCCAACUGUACUCCUACUAUAUUUACAACAUCCUGAAAAAUCACGGCCGUGAGAUUGAGAACCCCCGUGAUGUGUUACUCAGGGUUGGUCAGAUGGCCUUCAGAGGAGUGUCCGAGAGGAAGAUUGUGUUUACAGAUGGAGAUUUGAUCAAGUACAAUCUGCAGCCUUCCCAGUUCCUGUCCGGGUUCCUGAUGGAGCUUUUGGAGAGAGAAGAUUCUGCCCGGAGCAUGGUGUACACAUUCCCACACCUCACCAUCCAAGAGUUUGUAGCUGCAGUCGCACAAUUCUUGAUUUCAGAUGGCAGAGAUAUUAUGAAACUCCUCACUGAAACUCACAACACGACAGAUGGGCGAUUUGAGGUAUUUCUCCGUUUUGUUGCUGGUCUCUCCAACCCAAUGACAGCUCGGGGCCUGGUGGAGUUUCUGGGUCCAUUUCCCAAUGAAACAACCUGCCGGGUGAUUGACUGGGUGAUGGAGGAGGUUAAACGCCAGAGUGGAAACACGAGGAGUGAAGCUGGUAAAAGGAGCCUCCUGAACACGUUGCACUACCUGUUUGAAUCUCAGAAUCGUGGACUGGCUCAGGCCGCACUGGGAUCUGUGGAAACACUUUCAUUCAGUGGAAUGACACUGACCCCGAUUGACUGCGCGGUCCUGUCUCAUGUCAUCGGACUCUGUGAUACAAUAAAACACCUCGACCUGGGGAACUGCCACAUUCAGUGUGAAGGAAUCCAGCGGCUGGGACCCGGGCUGCACAAGUGCCAGGAGUUGAGACUUGGGGAGAAUGAACUCGGAGAUUCGGGAGUGAAAUUGGUGUCUGUGGCUCUGAGGAACCCGGAGUGUAAAAUACAGAUACUGUGGCUGGGGGAUGUCGGCCUCACAGAUUCUGGUGUCGAGGAUCUCGCCUCCGCUCUCAGUACAAACACAUCACUGACGGAGCUGGACAUGAGUGAGAAUAAGCUGGGAGAUUCAGGAGUGAAAAAUGUGUCUGCGGCUCUGAGGAACCCCGAGUGUAAAAUACAGAAACUGGGGCUGACCCGUGUCAGUCUCACAGAUUCUGGUGCCGAGGAUCUCGUCUCCGCUCUCAGUGCAAACCCAUCACUGAUGGAACUGAACCUGAGUGGUAAUGAACUGGGAGAUUCAGGAGUGAAACUGUUGUCUGCGGCUCUGAGGAACCCGGAGUGUAAAAUACAGAAACUGUGGCUUGACAAGGUUGGUCUCACAGAUUCUGGUACCGAGGAACUCAUCUCCGCUCUCAGUACAAACCCAUCACUGACGGUGCUGAACCUGGGAUUAAACUCGCUCACAGACCGAUCUGUCCCCGCUCUCUACCGCCUCAUACUGACCCUCCCGAAUCUGGAGUGGAUCUGCCUGGGGUCGAAUCAGUUCAGUGAGAUCGGGGGUAAGGAACUGAGAUGUCUGCAGGGAGUCAGACCCGGACUGAGAGUGAUCCUGUGA